AUGCUAUAAGAAUAUUAUAAUAAAAAGGUGUUGUUUAUAACCGGAUGCACAGGAUUUGUGGGCAAGGUAUUGUUGGAAAAGACUUUGCGUUGCUUAUCGAAUGUUGGAUAUAUUUAUGUUCUGAUCAGGCAAAAGAAGGGUAGCAGUUUAAUGGAGAGGUUUAAACGAGAGAUCUUGGAUUCAUAAUCUUUUGAUCGAUUGAGAUAGAUCUAUGGGGGAGGUUUUGAAAAAUUCAUAAAUGAGAAGAUUAUUCCAAUUGAAGAGAAUGAUAAAAAUGUUAUAAUUGAUAAUGUGAAUAUUAUAAUUAACUGUGCUGCAAGUGUAGAUUUUAAUGCAAGAUUGGAUGAUGCAAUAUAAAUUAAUGUAAGAGGCCCUCAAAGAUUUAUAGCACUAGCACAGUAAAUUAAAAAUCUAGAAAACUUCAUCCAUAUUUCAACAGCAUACGUCAAUUCAGAUAAGGCAGGUUAUAUAGAAGAGAAAAUAUAUGAUGCAAAUUAAGAGAACUUGGAACAAUUAGUUUCUUAAUUGUUGAAGACUCCUGUGAAUAUAUUGGAGAAGAAUGUAAAAGAUAUUAUAGGAGAUUUUCCAAACACAUACACUUUUACAAAGUGCAUUGCUGAAAAACUAUUGGUAUAAAACAGAGCUCCUAACUUUCCACUGACCUUUGUUCGACCAUCAAUAGUAGGUGCAUCAUGGAAAGACCCAACACCUGGUUGGAUUGAUAGUUUGGUGGCAAGCAGUGCCAUUUUCUUCUUUGUUGGUUUAGGAUUAAUUAAAACUUUAAAUGGAGAUGCAUGUCUGAUUGGAGAUUAAGUGCCUGUAGAUUAUGUAGCUGAUUUUAUUUUGGCUGCUGGAGCAUAUUAAAAUGGAAGGAAAGAAGUAAGUGUUUAUCAUUGCUGUUCUUCUGCAAAAAAUCCAAUGACAUGGCAGUUAGCUAAAGAAGUAAAUGCCUUAUUUUGGACACGAUCUCCUAGUUCUUAAUAAUUUUCCAAACCCAAUUUAACAUUCUAUAAAAAUGAAAAAAUUUAUAAGAUAAUGUCCAAAGUUAAAAAUGCUCCUGCAUUAAUAUAUUAUUAGUUUGCGAACAAGAUUGGAAAUAAGGAAAUGAAGAUUUAGGCUAAAAGAUUAAAAAAGAUUAUUGAUAGGGCUGAAUCAAUUAAUGACACCUUCAGACCUUUUGUUCUUAAUGAAUGGAUCUUUGACAGUUCCAAUAGUAAUGUACUAAUCAAAUUCUUAAGUGAAUCUGAUAAGCAACACUUUAACAUUGACAUUGAAAAACUGAAUUGGAGGUAAUAUUUAGAAAGGUUUAAUUGGGGAAUACAAAAAUACAUCUUGAAAGAUUAAACAAGAGAAUUGAAUGAGCAGAGCACUGAUGUUCUCAGCUAAAGAAAUCAAUAGUCUUACUUUAGUGAUAUUGAAUGGUGUCUUAGUCACGGAUAAGACUUCAAAACAAAAACCACAAAAGAACAAAUUAGUUUGGUGUUGAAUUCUCAAAGAGUGUAAUCAGUUAUCAAAUAAUUAGUUGAAGAAAAAUCUAAAAAAUAUCAAUAAACUACACUUAAUCUUGAGAAGUUGCAUCAGAACAUAGAAAAAUAAGGUAUUGAUAUAUGUGAAGGGAUGUUUGCAAAUUAUAAUAUGGGAGUCAUUAGGAUGUUUGCAUGGUUCAUCACUAAGGUUUUUAGAUAGAUAUACGAGAAAGUUUAAAUAAAUGAGCCAGCUUUGUUAGAACUUCAAAAUUAUGAUUAGAAAACAAGAGGACCCUUAAUUUUCAUGCCUACCCACAGAUCUUACAUCGACUUCAUUAUGUGUUCUUAUGUGUUUUUCUCGUACAAGAUUAAAUGUCCGCACAUAGCAGCUGCAGAGGAUUUCUUGUCCAUGGCUUUGGUUCCAACAGUCUUAAGAGCUUCUGGGGCUUUCUUUUUGAAGAGGAAAUAAUUGGAAGAUAAUAUAUUAUACAAAGCCAUCUUUUACGAAUAUGUUUAGAGAAUCUUGAUUGAAGAGUGCUAUUUAGAAUUCUUCAUUGAAGGUACUAGAUCUAGAACAGGAAAAACAUUAAAUCCAAAGUUUGGAUUGUUAAGUAUCGUUUGUGAUGCUGUUUUCGAUAAAAAGAUACCUGAUGCUACAAUAUUACCAAUUACAAUAAAUUAUGAGAAAGUUUUAGAGGCUGACACUUAUCCCUAUGAAUUAUUAGGGGAAGAGAAGGUUAAGGAAUCUCUUAUUAGAGUUAUUAAGGCUAUUAAAAUAUUAUCAUCGAAUUUCGGUAGAAUUCAUGUUGGAUUUGGGAAAAUGAUAUCAGUUAAAGAAUGGUCAAAAAUAAUAGGAGAUCGUAAGAGGGGAGUGGAGACUUUGGGUUACGAAGUAGCUUACUAAUUAAUUGAAGAGAUGGUUGUAAUGCCUACAGGAAUAGUCUCGACUCUGUUAUUGAUGAAUAGAAGAGGAAUUACAGAAGAUUAAUUGAUAAAGAGAUUUGAAUGGGUGUUGAGACAAAUCACUAAAAGAGGAGCGAAGGCUUCAAUUACCAAUAAUGGUUAAAGUGAUGUAGCUGUGAGAAAUUCAAUUGGAUUCUUAUAGGAUUUGGUUGAUAAGAAGAAGAAAAAUGUAUUUGAGUUGACUUUGAUACCAAAACAAGAAUAUAAGAGCAUCUUGUUGUUAAGUCAUUAUAGGAAUCAAUUAGCUCAUAUAUUCUUUAGUGAGGGUAUAGUUUGUUGUGCUUUGAAUGGAUUUGGACAUUUGUUAUCCCAUAAGGAAGGAGUGAGCAUAGAGAGAUUAUGGGAAGAGAGUGAUUUCUUGUUGAAAUUAUUAAAAAGAGAAUAUGUGAUAAGAAACAGAAUUACAACCAAAGAAUAGAUGAUAAAUUUCACUUAAUCCAUGAUAGAAAAGAAUGUUUUAGAGAAGGUCUAAGAAAAGAUCAGAGUUAACCAAUAAUUUGGUGAAUAGGCAUCGUAAUUUACAUGUUCACUCAUUUGGCCUUUAGUGGAGUGCUAUUGGGCUACUAUAGUCUAUUUAUAUUAAUUAAAAAGAGCAAGUGAUACAAACACUACGUUUGAAUUGUCUGAAUUGAUUACUUAAAUUUAAGGAUUCGCAGAGUAGAUGUAUGGAGAACAUAUUAUGGAACACUAUGAAAGUUGCUCGAUUGAAACCAUUAAGAAUGCUAUCAACACUUAUCAAACCAUGAGAUGUAUCGAUAUUAGCAAGAAUGAUGACUCUGAUUAAGUAAGUAUUGUAUUUACUGAUCAAGAGUUAUUGGAAGUUGAAGCUUAAGUUAAAAAAUAUUUAAAGAAUAAUUAUUCUAAAUCAAUAUCCAACCCUAUAGAUAUUGCUAGAUCUUUGUUAGAUUAUACCAUUAUACCCAAAUUAUGA